AUUGGUUGCGUUGCGUGUACGACUCGAGCGAGGCCGGAGAAAGAUGGCGGCGCCCGUCCUGAGAGUGUCUACCCCUCGAUGGGAAAGAAUAGCCAGGCUCCUUGUUUGCGUAUUGGGCAUAUUGUUGUCUUUAUACGCUUAUCAUGUGGAAACGGAAAAGGCUAGAGACUCGAAUUAUCGGGCCAUGUGCGACGUGAGCGAUUCUAUCAGCUGUUCAAAAGUCUUCACCUCCAGGUGGGGUCGAGGCUUUGGACUGUUGGGCUCGAUCUUCGGAAUCGACAGUGCAAUGAACCAGCCAAACAGUGUCUAUGGAAUUUUAUUUUAUUUUUUUCAACUAUUACUAGGAAUCACUGUGAGUGCGAUGGCUGCCCUGAUCCUCAUGACGACGUCCAUCCUAUCGGUGAUGGGCUCUCUCUACCUGGGCUACAUCCUCUACUUUGUCCUCAAGGACUUCUGCAUCAUCUGCAUCACCACAUAUGCACUGAACUUCAUUCUUUUUAUGCUCAACUACAAGCGACUGGUUUACUUGAAUGAGGCCUGGAAGCAGCAGGUGCCAGACAAACAGGACUGAGAUGGGUUGUUGAGUACAGUAGGCAAGUGAAAAAUAUAACAAACAAAAAAUGAAAUGUGACCUCUUGAACAGAACAUUUUGACUUGCCACCAAAAGACCUUGCUUCCAAAACAAUGUUUAUUCUGCUGUGUGUUAUAAAAAAGAAACGACAAGAAGAUUAACUUUAACUUUAAAAAAAAAAGUUGGGGCCAGACAUCUCAAGUUCAUUGUUGCAUACGUGAUGGAAGGAUUUAAAAAAAAGGGGGGGGGGGGCUAAUUUAUUCAGUGUCUUUUUUUAAAUUGUUUUAAUUCGAACUCCCCUCACACAGGUGAUAUGAAUAGGGUUAUGGAGGUAAAAACAGAUUAAUUCCAAGCAAGCAGGAAAGCAAAGGCAGAAUGCCAGUCUUCACUGUGGAAGAUGGGAGGACAGGACACCCCUCUCCUGAACCAAAAGGACCAGAACAUGGAAGAAAACAGGGACUUAUAAAAAGGUGUAUACUUGAAAUAAAUAGGAAGGUCCUGUUCCUGCACACCUGACCGGGUCCGGAAGCUAGCUGUAACAUUACUACAACCUGAGCGGAACUGAAUAAUGGGUCAGAAUACAAAAUGCAUGGUCAUGGGGUGAAAGAUCGUACAGUUCGCAGCAGCAGCUAUGAUUCCAUGAGGAGAGAGAAACAGAUGAACAACAAACAGAAUAGUUUUUUAUGUUUACACUUUACAGCAACUUUGUUUUGUCUUUUGAAAAGGACCACUAAUAUGAAAAAUGGGAGAAUGUGAGAAAUUGUGUGUAAGUCAGUCAGAUUGCUUUUUUGUUUUCUUUUAGCAAUUCUGUAAAUAGCUGCUGAGCAGUAUUCCAGGCUAGAUUGUGAUUUAGUGUUAACAUAGACUUUUAAGUUAAAAAAAUAUAUAUAAUUAAAUCACAAAAUGAGGAACAAAAAAGUAACUGAAGUCAAGUCGUCAUCUGGGUGAAUUAAGUCAGUCAGAAGUUAUGUUUUGCAGUCAGUCAGUCUGUGGGACAUCUUAUGUUCCUGCAAUCCCAAGCGAGGCAUGCUGCUCUAAGUUGUGUGGAUUUCAUGUAAGUCAAGUCAAGUGCUCACUGAUCAGCUUCUUUCAUCUCUUUCUCAGAAGUCUCACUCACUGAGGUCACAAGGCAUCUGAUAAGUCCUUCCUCAGUGUUCAGAGGAGGGUUGUGUUUAUUAGGGCACGCAACGUUUAAAGAAGUUUUGCCCUAAAACAACUAUUUACACUGGAAAACAAUGUCCAGGUAGUCCUAGCUGUUUCAUUGAGUGUUCUUACAUUUGGUGCCUAAUGAACAUGGCCCUAGUUCAUUUCUCCUCUGCCAAGACUACUUCUUACUCUCCAUAAUGGCACCUUCACUGUCUUGUCUUUUAUUAUGUGUGAAAAGCAUUCCUGACACCACACACUACUGUAGGAGUGGGAUCCAUUAAGACUUAUGUGCCUAAAAGAUAUGUGAAGUGAAUUACCUUUCUUUUGUUGGGAGGAGGGAUAUAUGUAAUGUAUCAUUAACCUUUGCUUAUUUUCACCAUUGUUACAUUGCUUUUUUUAUAUUAAUUAUUAAAUUGUGUACUUAAAUGCCAUGUUAGUGUCUCUCUCACCCUCUCUUGUAUAGUCAAAUGGUAAUGUAGCACAGGUGACCGAACAAGCAAUGAUUGUCUGUCCGCUCAAUGAUGGUGGUGGUAGUAGGCUGUUUAGUUAAGAAAAGCUCUUAAGGCAUUUUUGUAGGUUAUGGUUGUUGGUUGAGAAAUUAGGUUCACUGUCUCUCUUAAAAUGGUACAAUAGAACUGUUUGUGGGGAAGGAAACCACACAGUACUCAGUGUCCUUGCCACUACCUCUCAGUAUUGCCCAAGGUGUGUGGAACAACCCAAGCCAGUUGGAACGUCCAGAACCAGCGCCAAGGGAAGCAGACUAGCUGAUAGAUCAGCUUAAAGCCAUUCAACCCCAACGGAUUUGUACUUGUUUGAGGUUGCUUUCCAAUGCAACAUCCCCUGGCUCACAUUGAACAAUUUCAUUGAUACUGUUUUAGAUGGGCACUUAUCAUAGCUACAUGUUAUAUGGCAGAUUGUUACACAAGUUGGUUUGAGGUACAUAUUGUUUGCAUUGUAACUCACUCACUAGCUCUGCACGUGGUAUUCAAGACAUGGUUGUUGCAUUACCAUUUUAGCAGUGAUAAACUCACUGAGGUCCUUGGGAAGAGACACCAUUGCAUGAUGACACUGAUCAGGAAAUAAGCCUGUGUGCUCACUUCUAAAGCUCCACUCCUGGAGGUAGAUUUAAAGUAGUCUGGUUGUACAGUACAGACUUUCCUAUGGGUUACUCACUGUGUCUAUGUUGGCACUGUCAGCCAUCAACAAACUAAAAUGGCAAUCGGUGCUACAGUAGUUCAGUGCUGUUGGGUUAAAGACAAUGGUACUGUGGGAUCAUGUGGGAGACUUAAAUAGUCCCACUGUUCCAGAGAGGUGGGUGGAGUAUGUUUGGCUUAUUGAGUCACACAAGUCAAAGUCCCUGAAAGAAGCUUACAGGCUGUGUUCCUAUUCUUAACCUGUUAGAUAAGGAGUAACCACAUUUAAUGUAUGAUUAAGUAAAAUUUAAGAUAAUUUAUUAAUAAAGUCAUCAGAAAUACAGCUAAAUGCAUAAUACACCCUCGGCUAAUCUUAAUCAGUGUCCUUUUCAUAAAGCCUUCUGUUGGCUAGUUGGCAAGAGCAUUAACAGAUCUGAGACCAGGCUACUCCAUAGACCUUGUGGGUAGAAAUGACCCACCAAAAAGCCCCGUCUUGUAUUUAAACGGUCAUUCAUGUUUAAUUUUUUACACCCAAUUUACAUUUACAUUUCUCUGUUAUUAGAGUUAGGACACUUUUGUUUAUGCAAAAAAUACAUUUUCUGUCGGAAUUACAAUAUUUUAAAGUUAUUAUUUCUUUCUUUAACUGUGACUUAGUGAAAUAGUUGUUAUUUCUCCCCUAAUGUUGUAUAAAUGGACUCUCCAUUAGUAACUACCCCCUUUAGCUGGAUAGACUUAACAUUAUGGGUUGUUUUAGUAGAAAAAAGGAUUGGAGGUCUAGGAAUCCAUGUCAGCAUCAAAUUGGUUUUCAAUCAAAGUUUCUUUGUGGGAGGAAGACUAGUUUUGCUUUUGUAUUUGCCAAAUAUAUUAAGUUGAAAAAUGCUGUAUUUUCUUACAUGGAAAAAGUGUUUCAUGAAUGGUAGAUGAGAUGGGUGCAGAGAAACAAGCGGAUGAAAUUCAGUAUUUGCUUCCCUUGUGAGAAACUGUUGCGGAAGUUGACACGAAUGAACAUUUUUAAUUGUGUCAUUGUUGUGUGGAAAUGGUCUACCAUUAAAACAUUCCCUCUGAA